CGCGGCAUCGAUGGACAGCGGCACCUGCAUGGGUACUUCUUCCAAGCACGAAUCCGAAAAGUGGAGCAUGUCCUGGGGAUAUGGCGUCGCGCGGUGCUCGACACACAACGGACUGCCGCCAAAAAACUCGAACGCUGGGUCGUGCCAAACUGGAGGGUGAGGCGCGGCCGUCGGCAUCUCGCUCAGUCGCGCGGCCAAGCGGUCGUACUCGUCCUUGAGGGUUGAGUUGUUCUGCAAGUCGAUGAUGAGCCCCUUUCGAAACAUAUACACCGCUUGCUUCAGCGUAGAUGGGGGCGGCACGAUCGUGGCGUCGAUGGACCCGUACGGGCCCACCGUCCUUGUCCAUAAAUACUUGGGCAGGGAGUCAGGAACACGGGAAAAGUCAUCCCACGCCGCGUCCGGCACUUGAUUCGGCAUGCCACGGACAAGUGAUCGGUUCAGCGCCUUAGCCAGCGCCAUGUCGCUGCGAAAAUCGACAGUUAGCAUCAUGGUUCGCCAUGCCGCGCCUUGGUUUGCAAACGGGAUCUUUUUCACCACGACAUCCUGCUUCAUCCCGAACGAGUUGUGGAUCGAAAUGCGCUCGUCUACACCUGGCUGCCACUGGUUGUGCCACUGCAGCUGCCACCUUGUGGCGUGCUUGGCCCGCCAGUACGCGGCUUCCGUCGGAAUAUCUGUGAACGCGUCGCGGACGCUCGCCAGCCACUCGUGCCCCAUCGGCAACGCCUGCUGACUGGCGGCAAGGCUCAACGUGAACUCCCCGUCGCUGCCCCCGAACAUCUUGUCCCAUUCGCCCCACACGGCAUUGCGCAAUACAGACUCCAAGUAGACGGCCGCGUUGUCCAUGAAGGCCGCCGCACAGCGGCGCUGCCUUGCCGCCGUGUGCGCUAUCGCGAACCGGCGGUCAAAGUCGACCCAGCAGUACUGAGCGUUCAGGUGCGGGUUGAUCUCGUUCGCGUGGAGGCCGUUGAUGACGUCCUCCAAGUUGUUUGUGUCCUCGAGAACGCGCAGUCGGGCGUACGCGGGCGGCAGCGCCUGGACGGUCGAGUCGUUGGCGUAACUUCGGGUACGAGCAAAGCCUGGCGCGAGCAGUAGCACGUCUAGAGGCAGCACGCUCAAGGCCAGGUGAAAAUUGACCAUGUCGCCCAGGAAUGCUUGAUACCCCGACGCAUUAAAGUCGGGCCACCAAAAAUCGUUGGUCAAGCUGGGCGACAGCACGUCGAGGUACACCGCGCUGGCCGCGAUCGACACAAUCACGUACACAAAGCCCAGCAUCGAUUCGACACCUUGGGUCCAUGUCAUGUCGUCGUUCAGCACGACGGCGCUGUGGUGCUUAGCCACGACUGUUUCGCCCACAGCAAUGUGCCUUUGGUCGAGGGCGUCCGCAUGGUCGCUACCGUCGUCGUCGGCAGGCGCGACAUGAAUGGCGCACUUGGGCAUGGCCGCGCUCGUGCCUGGUGAAAUGAAACCGCGG